AAAAAAUCUUCACACCCAACAGAUGGCCUGCUGCUGUGGCUCCGCUGCCUGUAGUCUCUGCUGUGCAGCAUGUCCAUCAUGCAAGAACUCAACAUCGUCACGUCUUAUGUAUGCUAUAAUGAUGCUACUGGGCACCAUUGUAGCUUGCAUUAUGCUCUCCCCAGGUCUUGAAAAUUUUUUACAAAAGGUUCCAUUCUGUGACAGUGGCGAACAAACAAGCUUCUUGGACACUGCAACUGAUGCUGUCAAGGUUGACUGCUCUGGGGUGGUGGGAUAUUUGGCAGUGUAUCGAUUAUGCUUUGCGAUGUCGCUAUUCUUCUUCUUUAUGGCCCUGAUUAUGAUAGGAGUCAAGUCCAGCAAGGAUCCAAGAGCAGGCAUACAGAAUGGAUUUUGGGCCAUCAAAUACCUGGUUCUCAUCGGAGCAAUCAUUGGAGCAUUCUUCAUACCCCAUGGGCAGUUCGGACAGGUGUGGAUGUACUUUGGUAUGAUUGGGGGCUUCCUGUUCAUUCUGAUCCAGUUGGUACUCAUCAUCGACUUUGCACACUCCUGGGCCGAGUCCUGGGUCGACCGCUAUGAGGAAACUGAGAGCCGCGGAUGGUAUUGUGCUCUGCUGUCCUUCACCUUCCUGCAUUACGCCCUGGCCAUCACUGCUGUUGUUCUCUUCUAUGUGUUCUACACCACCUAUGAAAGCUGCAGCCUCCACAAGUUCUUCAUCUCCUUCAACCUGAUCCUGUGUGUGAUCAUCAGCAUCAUCAGCAUCCUUCCCAAGAUCCAAGAAGCACAGCCACGAUCUGGCCUCCUCCAGGCUUCAGUUAUCACCCUGUACACCAUGUAUCUGACCUGGUCUGCUAUGACCAAUACCCCUGACAAAGAGUGCAAGCCAAACUGGGUCUCUGUAAUUAAUGGAAAUGAGCCAACACCUGCUCCAGAGGGUGAAGAACCCAAGUUUGAUGGAGAAUCAAUUGCAUCACCUGUCAUCAUCUGGUUUCUGUGUGUCCUUUACUCCUCCAUGCGCACGGCCUCCAACUCCCAGGCAUCACGGACACGGAUGACCAUGUCUGACAAAGUGCUCCUCAAGGAUGACUCAACUGCCCGUAGGAGUCUGGGCGACAUUCCCCUCGUGUCCAACGAGGUUUUGCAAGGCGCUUCAGGAGACCCAGAAUCAGGAGAGGGCCAUCAUGUAUGGGACAAUGAGGAGGAGGGAGUAGCUUACUCCUGGUCAUUCUUCCACAUCAUGUUUGGCCUUGCCACUCUCUACGUCAUGAUGACACUCACCAACUGGUUCACACCCAACUCCGACCUCACCACACUCUCCAGUAACAUGGCUGCUGUCUGGGUUAAGAUUGUAUCCAGCUGGAUCUGCCUCCUUCUAUAUGGAUGGACCCUGAUUGCACCCGCAGUCCUCACCAAUAGGGACUUCAGCUAAAUACCACACAGCCCAAGCAAAAGAGGGAGAAUAAUACCCUUUUUUCGCAAAGCCUCUGAAAAUUUUUCUUUGGCGACUUUUAGAUCUCCUUACGGGAUAACAAGUGUCUUUGAUGUGAAUACUCUGAUUAAAGAUGAAAGCCAUGGUAUUUAAUAGGAUGAAUAGGUUGUAUGUGCAUGCAUUUCAAAGAUCUUAUACUUCAUCCAUUACAUUCAAAUGAUUUUGUGUUAAUUAUAAUUACCAAAUGUGGCUUUGUAGUUAGAGAUUCCCAUAAGACAUAGCAGUUAAUUGAUCAAUUCUCCUUUAUUUUUUUUUUCCUUCUUUUACUUUUUUGGAUUGAUAUACCUGUUGGUCAGCUUUUUAGAUUAAAAGGCAAAGAUACAUAGAUACCUAAGUAAAUUAUAAAUUGUGAUGAAAAUCAUUCCUCUUUAUCAAAGUGGAAUUUGUUACCCCCAAAAAAUGUGAUUUGAAUUUGUUUCCACUUUCGUAUGGGUACACACAGACACACGUAUACAUAUAUAUAUAUUCCUUCCUUCAAAUGUCAUAGGGUUGUUUGUUAAAAAACAAAGCAUUAUACCUUUUAGUUUUUCUUUCUUUACAUCUGCUAGUCAAGUCUUAAAGGAUUUUUUCUCCAACUUCAAUAUUAAAUUCAAAAUAAAACAAGGUCUACACAUGUAGGUGGUGUAUUUGUAAAUUCAUUAUUGUGUAACAUUAAAGUGUACGUGGUUAGUGUAAAUGUUUGUAAGGGCUUGUAACAAUAUUUAUCAUUGAACUAUCAUUAGGUAUUAUUUUAUUUUUAUUGAUUUGUUUUGAGAGUGCAAUUAUUAGAUUUUAUUAAUGAAGACUGUUAGUCUGAUAUUUUUGUUAUUUGAAUUAGAAUUAUAUAUAUUUUUUUUUUUCAUAAAUGGUGAUAAACUGAAGACAUAGAUCUAUUAUUCUGUAUUAGGUUAAAUAAAGCAUUUUAGAAAUGG